UCAAAUUCGUAUUCGUUCAGUGCUGUUGUGACGUACUCAUACUCAUAGCUCUGAACUAUUUGCUUUCCAACUGAAACGUGCCAUCGCCUAUUGAAAAAUGAAGUUUUACACUUUAACAGUUGCCAUUUUAAUUGUCAGUGUUUUUGCGUUAACAGCGGCUGAAAUUGUUUGUCCCACCGAACAGGAGGAUGAGUCCAUUGUCAUCCAAUAUCCUUCGCCAACAAGUUGUAGCGUGUUUUACAAAUGCAAUCGAGGUAUCGCCUACAUGAACAAGUGUCCGGAUGGCUUGCACUACAACGAACUUAUUCAGGCCUGCGAUUUCCCGAGCCGCGCUCACUGUCAUCUGGCCGAUAUUAUAUGAAAGGAGAGUGUUUCAAUGGCGCGAAAGGAACUGCUAUUAAGUAACAUACUAAGUACCGGGGAAAUUUUUGUAAAUCUCAAAAUCAGUGUGUUUCUUUUCUAAAAAUAUUUUGUGACAAUUUUUUUAAUAAUUCUUCAGAUACUUUAAUUGUUCUCCUUUAGUAUUUCUGUAUCAAUUAAUGAAAUAAACUCUUUUUAAG